AUGGAUGCUGGGGGCCUCCUCCUCCUAGCUAUCUUCUUGGGGCUCCUUCUACUUCUAGCCAAGAGACCCCAGAAAGGUAACCUCCCUCCAGGGCCCCUACCUCUGCCUCUUCUAGGCAACCUGCUACACAUGGGCCGCCAUGGCAUCCUCAAAUCCUUCUUGGAGUUUCGAGACAAGUAUGGAGAUGUGUUCACUGUCUAUCUGGGUACCCGGAGGGUCGUUGUGCUAUGUGGACAUGAGGCUGUGAAGAAGGCCCUGGUGGAUAAUGCAGAAGUGUUCAGUGGCCGUGGGACCCUUUCUAUAGCUGAAUUGAUCUUUCAAAGAUAUGGUUUUUUUUCUAGAUAUGAUGGAUGGAAGACACUUCGAAGAGUCUCAAUUGCUACCCUCAGGGACUUUGGGAUGGGAAAGAAGAGUAUUGAAGAACAAAUAAAGACAGAAGCCCAAUGCCUGGUAGAGGAACUCCAGAAAUCCCAGGGGGCCCUGCUAGAUCCCACCUUCAUUUUCCAUUCAGUCACAGCCAAUAUCAUCUGUUCGAUUGUGUUUGGUGAACGCUUCUCUUAUCAAGACACCCAGUUCCAGGAAAUACUGAACAUGUUUGUUGAAGCUUUUACCAUUAUAAGCUCCUCAUGGAUGCAGUUGUUUGAACAGUUCCCAAAUGUGCUAAAGUUUUUUCCUGGGCCCCAUUACCGCGUGUUGAAGAUAGCUCAGCACCUCAAAGACUUCAUUUCUAGCAAUGUCGAGCGGCACCAAGAGAGCCUGGAUCCCAGUUCCCCCCGGGACUUCAUAGACAGUUUCCUGCUCCGCAUAGAAAAAGAGAAGGAGAUCCCAGGUUCCGAGUACCAUGUUAAGAACCUUGUCCUUACGGUCCUGAGUUUGUUCUUUGCGGCCACUGAGACAACCAGCACCACUCUGCGCUAUGGCUUCCUUCUGCUUCUUAAACACCCCCAGGUGGCAGAGAAAGUCCAGGAGGAGAUUGACCAGGUGGUUGGGAAGAACCGUGCCCCAGAACUCAAGGAUCGAGCCCAAAUGCCCUACACAGAUGCUGUCAUCCAUGAGAUCCAGAGAUUUAGUGACCUACUUCCUCUGGGUUUACCUCACAUGGUGACUGAGGACACUUCCUUCCAGGGCUACUUUCUUCCUAAGGGUACCGAUUUGUUCAUGUUGCUGAGUGCCAGUCUGAAAGAUCCUUGUCAUUUUGAGAAUCCACAUAUCUUUGACCCCAACCACUUCUUGGAUGCCCAAGGAGCUCUGAAAAAGAAAGAAGCCUUUAUCCCUUUCUCCAUGGGGAAGCGCACCUGUCUAGGUGAGGGGAUUGCCCGAACAGAACUCUUCCUCUUCUUCACCACCAUCCUGCAGAACUUCUCCCUGGCCUCCUCCAAGCCCCUUGAAGAUUUGGAUAUCAGGCCCCAGCAGAGUGGGUUUGGGACGCUGCCCCAAACCUAUAAGCUCCGCUUCUUGCCCCGAUGAUGGGAAUCAUGGGCUUGGGGAACCAGCUGAACAUCCUAGAA